AUGGGCUCAGCCCGGUGGUACAAGGAGAAAUUGCCUUCUAAGAGCUUUCGAGAGCACAGCAACAAAGCGAAGUUCUCAGAUUCUCUUAACAGCCAGCGCUGGAGAUUCUUGAAAAGUGGCCUGGAUGAUUUCAGAAGUGGUGUCCCUGCUCCAUCUGACAACAUCAUCAUUCGUGGCACAAAGGGGCUUUUACCUAUUGUUCUACCUAAUAAUGCAUCUGAUACUUCCUGCCGGGCCCAGCAGAAGGCGGGGAAAACAUUUACAAGACAGUCCAGGCUCAGUCCUUUGCAGAAAGCCAGGCAGGAUCACAUUGCACAGACAGAACACUGCCUAAGCCAACACCCCCUUGCACUCUACCCUCAUCUGGAAGAAAGCAUCCCUCCAGAGCUUUUCGAAGAGGUUGUGGCCAUCCUGGACCCGGAGUUGUGCUUGCAUAGUAAAGCUGGAUACAAGGAUCGUGACCAGGCAAGCCAUACCCCUCAGCAAGAGCUGUUUCAGCUGGAGGAUGGGAAAAGUAAAGAAAUAAGCCCCAGGACAUCAGCACUCCUCAAGCAGUCUAAAAACAAGAGUCCAUACACAUUGUUUUCCAAGAAAGAGGUAGCAGCAAGGGAAAAGGCAGCCAGACGGAGCUACAUUCCUCCCCUGGAUGAGAAUGUAAAGCGAGUGACUAAGGAGUUUUGUGACUGGGUUGCUUCUUGGGGAGGAGAAAAUUAUAACAUCAGUGAAGAGACCAUCAUGAGGCUGUUUGAUACCGGUUAUGAAACCAAGCCCACGCUGGCUAUGCCUGUCGAAGUUGUGGAGAUAAACAACGUGCCACCAGAGCUGAGAAAGCGCCUGGGGGUUUCAUCCUCCCUGAAAGCUGUAAAGAGUCUUCCUAAGGGUCUCUACCAGCCCAAAUGGGAGAAGAUCAGGUAUGGAGCCUGGUACCUUGACCCAAAAAUGUGGAUAAAACAAAAAGUAAAUGAGCCUUUAGAGGAUCCAAAAGAAGCAGCUGAUACCAUUCAGAAUUUAAGGAAGCGGUUUAGUGAAAAGGAGACAGAAGUCAUGCAGCUCCAUGGAACACAUGCUUUUAAGGAAUUCCUCGAAAGGAAGGGCUACCGGAAGCCUGAGUUUCUUCUGCAGAUGCUGGCUGCGAAGGAUGGCAAAGGAGCAAAAGAGGAGACGUGGAAGGGCCUUAAAGAGACACAAGAAGCCCAGGGCAGGUUUUCCCUCCACACUCGUUAAUUAAUGCAGAGCUCUGACUUUGUUAACUCACAUUUGUUUCCACUAAAUAAACCGUUCUGAAGGCUC